GUCCCCUUCACUCCAAAUGUGAGUGGGAUAGGAUCAGAGAGGCAGAGCAGAAGUGUUUGCUCGCAGCUUUUCCUGCUGUCUGCCCGCGGGUGUGCGGAAGUGUACUUCCAAAAAUCGUAUUAUAUAUAGAGAGGAGCACCACACGGUAACUGUAUUUGGGUGAAGGAAGAUCCUUGGAGCUAUCAGGAUUUGCUGCACAUAAUGUUGGGAUGGAAUACCGAGACUCCAGCCGAAAGUAAUCCAAGCGUGACUCCGGUCUCUGACCUUUGGGAUUCUGUACUUUGCUGUUCUUCUUUGGGAUUAUUUGUAUUUUCUUCAUCUUCGUUUUACCGGGUUGCUGGUGUCGCUUUUGUGCCUGAUCGUUUACCCUUGUGUUUUUUUGCUUGUUGUUGACCCUUAGAGGACCAUGGUGGAGCAGCUCGCAGGAGGAGGAGGAAUUGGGGUCCCCGGGGGCUGCCGCGCCACCACCGAGCUUCCCCCCACGUACAAGCACUCAGGCCCGCUACCCAGCUUGGAUCUGCUCCGGAGACCCAGCUAUUGUCAUGCUGCCUUCGCCAUGAAACAAAUCUCCAAGGGUAAGGCUGUGGGACAGAAGGCACCACUGUGGCUUAGGGCCCAGUUCCAGUCCUUGCUUUUCUCUCUGGGUUGUCAAAUCCAGAGGCACUGUGGGAAGGUUCUCUUUAUUGGACUUUUGGUGUUUGGUGCUCUGGCUGUAGGACUUCGUGUGGCAUCCAUUGAAACGGACAUUGAACAACUUUGGGUGGAAGCAGGAAGCAGAGUAAGCCAAGAACUGAAGUAUACAAAAGGAAAAUUGGGCGAGGAGACUGUGUUUACAUCUCAGAUUCUUAUUCAAACACCAAAACGUGAUGGCGAGAACAUUCUUACCCAGGAUGCACUGCUUGUUCAUCUUGAAGCAGCAUUAGCAGCUAGCAAGGUGCAGGUGUCUCUGUUUGGAAAGUCCUGGGAUUUAAAUAAAAUCUGCUACAAAUCUGGAGUCCCGAUUAUUGAAAAUGGAAUGAUAGAACGGAUGAUCGAUAAACUUUUCCCAUGUGUUAUACUUACUCCACUCGAUUGCUUCUGGGAUGGUGCCAAGCUUCAAGGGGGAUCGGCCUACCUCCCCGGAAGGCCAGAUAUUCAGUGGACUAAUCUGGACCCUAUGCAGCUGUUGGAAGAGCUAGGACAGUUCACCUCACUGGAAGGCUUCAAGGAGUUACUAGACAAAGCUCAGGUUGGGCAGGCCUACAUGGAUCGGCCAUGCCUAAACCCAAUGGACUCUGAGUGCCCGCAGUCUGUUCCCAACAAAUUGACUCAGCAGGUUCCUAAUAUUCCCUUGGAGUUAUCUGGAGGCUGUGAUGGAUUUUCAAAGAAGUUUAUGCACUGGCAAGAAGAGCUUAUAUUAGGGGGAACAUCAAAGGACUCCCAGGGUAGAUUGCUGAGUGCGGAAGGCCUUCAGACAAUCUACCUCCUCAUGAGUCCUAAGCAGUUGUACGAGCAUUUCAAAGAUGACUACGAAAUCCAUGACAUCAACUGGAAUGAAGAGAAAGCUGCCACAAUCUUGGAAGCUUGGCAGAGAAAGUUUGUAGAGGUUACACACCAAGCCAUUCCUCAAAACUCCUCUCAAAAUGUCCAUGCGUUUUCGACCACGACCCUCAAUGACAUCCUGAAAUCCUUUUCUGACGUCAGUGUUAUUCGAGUAGCAGGAGGUUACCUCUUAAUGCUUGCGUAUGCCUGUGUCACCAUGCUGCGAUGGGAUUGUUCAAAAUCCCAAGGUGCCGUAGGACUGGCUGGUGUUCUGUUGGUCGCUCUCUCUGUAGCUUCUGGACUAGGUCUCUGCUCUCUUCUUGGAAUUUCUUUCAAUGCAGCUACUACGCAGGUCUUGCCAUUUCUUGCUUUGGGAAUCGGAGUAGAUGAUAUGUUUCUGCUGGCUCAUGCUUUUACUGAAACCAGUUUGACCAUUCCAAUCAAGGAGAGGACAGGUGAAUGUCUUCGGCGCACUGGCACAAGUGUGGCCCUCACAUCCAUCAAUAACAUGAUUGCUUUUUUCAUGGCAGCUCUUGUACCUAUUCCUGCCCUCAGAGCCUUCUCCUUGCAGGCUGCCAUUGUUGUGGUGUUCAAUUUCGCUAUGGUGCUGCUCAUCUUUCCUGCCAUCUUAAGUCUUGAUCUUCGCCGGCGUGAAGACAAACGACUUGACAUUCUCUGCUGUUUCUACAGUCCAUGCUCAACUCGAGUAAUUCAAAUCCAGUCUCAGGAGUACGCAGAUGCCAAUGACAACCAUACAUUCCACCCUUCUUUUGGACGGCAAACUAUUACCACUAGUACCCAGAUCACGACAACUGUUCAGGCAUUUACGCAGUGCGAUCCUUCAGGGCAGCACAUUGUCACCAUCCUGCCCCCAACAUCACAAAUAUCCACGUCACCUUCUGUCAUUGUGCCCCCACCUGACCCCCUUGGAUCCCAGAUUUUCCCUACUUCCAGCUCCACUCGGGACCUUCUUGCACAAGUGGAUGAAUCGAAGGGAGUUAGGGAGUGUGUGCCAUUGCCUUUUUUCAAAUGGAACUUGUCUGAUUUUGCCAAAGACAAGUAUGCUCCCUUGCUGCUAAAAACAGAAAGUAAGGUGAUUGUCGUGGUUCUCUUCGUGGGCCUCUUAGGACUUGGAAUGUAUGGCACCACAAUGGUACAUGAUGGGCUUUACCUAACAGACAUUGUUCCAAGGGACACAAAAGAAUAUGAAUUCAUUUCCACCCAGUUCAAGUAUUUUUCCUUCUACAACAUGUUUGUGAUUACCAAGGGUGGCUUUGAUUAUGCUAAGUCGCAGCAGGCUCUCCUGGAACUCCACGAGGAAUUCAGAAGUGUGAAGUACAUCGUCCGAGACCAGAACAAGAAGCUACCCAGAAUGUGGCUGCACUAUUUCCAGGACUGGCUCCAAGGGGUACAAGCUGCAUUUGAGCAGGACUGGGCAGCAGGGCGUAUCACAAGGGACAGUUACCGUAAUGGCACAGAGGAUGGAGUUUUGGCUUACAAACUUCUAAUCCAAACUGGAAAUAAGAAAGACCCAUUCGACUACAAUCAGCUGACUGAGCGCCUCCUGGUGGAUGAAAGUGGAAUCAUUAAUCCGGACACCUUCUACAUCUGUCUUACUGCUUGGGUCAGCAAUGACCCACUUGGGUAUGCUGCUUCGCAAGCAAACUUUAAUCCUUAUCCACCGGAAUGGAUCCAUGACAAAUACGAUACUACAGGAGAAAAUCUGAGGAUUCCAGCAGCUGAACCCAUAGAGUUUGCUCAAUUUCCAUUUUAUCUCAAUGGACUUCGACAGACCUCAGACUUUAUUGAAGUGAUUGAAAGUGUUCGGGCUAUCUGCGAUGAAUUUGCACAAAAGGGAAUUUCAAGCUAUCCAAACGGCUACCCAUUUCUUUUCUGGGAGCAGUAUAUUGGACUCCGCCAUUGGUUUCUACUGUCUGUCAGCAUCGUACUGGCAUGUACAUUCUUUGUAUGUGCUUUACUGCUCCUGAAUCCAUGGACUGCAGGCAUCAUUGUCUUUGUUCUGGCCAUGAUGACUGUGGAACUGUUUGGUAUUAUGGGUCUGAUUGGGAUCAAGCUAAGUGCUAUUCCAGUGGUCAUCCUCAUAGCUUCCGUUGGGAUUGGAGUGGAAUUUACAGUACACGUGGCUUUGGGAUUUCUUACUGCAAUUGGAAACAGGAACACAAGAUCUGCAGUUGCCCUGGAACACAUGUUUGCCCCCGUGAUGGAUGGAGCCGUUUCCACUCUUCUUGGUGUCCUGAUGUUGGCUGGUUCAGAGUUUGACUUCAUAAUGAGGUAUUUUUUUGCAGUUCUGACUAUCUUGACUAUUUUGGGACUCCUGAAUGGACUGGUUCUUCUUCCGGUACUUCUUUCCAUCAUUGGGCCUCCUGCAGAGGUGACUCCCAUAGAUAAUGGCAGCCGUUUGCCGACACCUUCCCCGGAUCCAAUCCCACCACCCAUAAACCAUCAUGGAUUCUACACACAGACACGCCCAGCUUGGAGCAGCACCUUUUCUGAGACUUCAGAUUCUGAAUACUACUCCGAAACCACCACCACGUCAGGCAUAGGUGAAGAUGACUUCAACCAUUCUGGUCAAAGUCCUUACAUUGUUCCUCCAUCUCAGCAAUCUCAGAUCCUUGUGGAAGCCAGCAAGAAUCCCAUAUUUCCAAAAAUCACAGUUGUAAAACCUUACAAGGAGGGGCAAGAGACACCAGCCCGAAAGGAUCAUGUGAACUCUACAGGACCACUGGAACCCACCGUAGACUCACUGAGUUCACAGAUCAUUUGUCAGGACAACAAAGACUUUCAUCAGCAAGUACAGGGGGACAGACAGCAGCAGUUCCCCAGCCACAGACUGCAUAGGCCAGGAGGACCUAAUAACUCUAGUUCUAGGACUCAUCUGAGGCCUCAGUGCAAUAGCAGAUCACAUUACUCAAGGACUACACUGCCAGCGUAUAGCAACAAGCUAGAGGGGCCUAACAGUGCCUUUACCACAGUGACUGCCACAGCAUCCGUAACGGUUGCUGUGCACCCGGGCUUGCCGGGUUCAUUCAGGGGUUAUACACAUGAGGGCUUUGAGGACAGCGAAUCAGACUGCUUUGAAGAACCCUAUAUGCCCUCACAUAUGCCUCGGGGAAAAUGUAUGGACCCUUCUAAAUCUGAGGUUUUAGAACUGCAGCAGCUAGAGCAUGAAGGCACAAAUGAGGAAACCUCUGGGAGGCACUAGGUCGCCAGAUUGAAAAUGGCAGCCAAAGAAAGCUUGAACUUUCGUGUCCAUAAAAGGAUCCUCUGGCUCUUAUGAAAGUGGAAUUCUCUACUUCCCACUCAUUUUUCUUGUCUAUGUACAUAGACCUCAUCUGACCAGACAGUCUAGAGAGUUUUAUUUAAAUAAAAGUAUUAGAGACUUUGUUUUAAGAAAUAUAUUUUAAUACUAAAAAGAAAGAAGCUAUUUAAAGUUGUACUGUAUAGCGUGUGUAUGUAUGUAUUAUAUGAUGUAAAAUAAAAUUCAGAUAUUCUGCACAGGGAAGUAGGAAAACUUCUCUGUUUUAUGAUAAAAAACUGUAUUUUAUGUAUAGAACAUUGAGAUCUCAGUAGUCAAAAUGGCAGUUUCUCCAGCACAGUUAAUUUCUCUCAUAAUUGUUUAAUGACAGCCUUUUCCAGUUUUGCUGCUAUUCUGUCAUAACUGUAAAUUCCCCUUAUUUUAAUCACUAAUUUAAAUAUAGUUUCCUAUUUAAAUAAUGUUAAAGUGAGUUCAGAAAGAGCUUGGCUUGACAACGCCCAUGUAGUUUUUCAAGUAUUCAUUGCCUAGUGCAUGUUGCAGUUAUAGCAGAAGUUGUCACUUUACAUAUUUUGACCUUCCCCGUGGAGAUGGAUGCAUCAGUAGUAUUCAUAUUAAAAAGGUCUAGAUUACAUUAGUGUAGUAUUUACAAUAUUUAAAAAAUGGUACUGCCUUUAUUUCACUUGCUCCUUUCUGAGUUGGUUACUGUCUUGGCUUCAUAGCACAUGCAAUAAAAAGGGAAAACUGUUUUCCCUUUCUCUCAGCACCAUUUACUGCAUGAUCCAUUAGUACCAGUGUAUUAUCUAGAGUAGUACUGGCAGACUGUAAAGUCUGUAGAGUGCCCAUGUCUUUAACCCCCCUGGUUUAUUUUUAAGUGCUAUCCUGUUGCUUCUCUCUCUUCCACUACCUUACUAUUGCUUGCUAACCUUAACCCUGUCCUUGGCCCUAUCCCUAACUCCAACCCUAUAACUUAUCUUAGAAAAGCUCUUUCCAUAACACUAUCACUGCACAAGACCGUCAGACACACAACAGCGCAGAUCAGCAGCAUUAAACGUAUUGUGUUACACAGCCCUUACUCUAACCCUAAUCCGCAAACAUUCUUACACACGCUCGCAUCCCCUAAUGUCCGAGUUUUCAGUAUAUUUAAAACUUUAAAGAUUAGCAUUCCGAAGCACACACUUAUGUACAUCAGUACAUCUUCCUUCUUUUGGCAUAUACCUGACUCGUUAAUAAGUAUAUUCCAUCAUAAAUGCACUCGACCAGAUUUCCACACAGUUCGCUCUGACAAACAAAUGACAAUUCGACAAGGUGUACAUCACUCCAUAUGCCACAUCCUCAAAAUGUGUUUAUUUUCUACAUUAUUCUAGUCCCAAGGCAUCCCACCAGAAUGCUCCUGAAGUUUCUUUUAGUUUUUCUUUUAAGAUGCACAUUGCUUUUUCAUCCAUCUUCCACAAUAAAAAAAAUUAUGUCACACUUGAAAGAGGUAGGCAAUCAAAUGAAAUGAGCAUUGUAAAAAAAUACACCCUGAUAGUGUUGUAUCUCUGUAUCACUUUUGCAUGACAUGUUUUCCUGCAAAUUGAUAUAGUUGUACUACUUCAAACAUUAUGUUUUGCACCUAUAAAGCAAAGCAAUACAUUGAGUAUUAAAUGGUCUGUUAUUUCAUGGUAAACCUACAGAAGAGCAAUUACCAUCUGUAAUGACUUGGUUUUAAAAUGCCUUAUUGCAUCUAAUGUGCGAUUUUUAGCAUGUUUUGCAGUCUAAAACACCACUGCUGAUGUGUUAUUAUGGAUGGAGUGGUUUAAAAUGUCUGUCCCACCACAUUUUGUUUAUCAUUACUGUAUUGUGAACCUUUUAUGUAUUAACCUCAAAAGUCUGUGAAUGAAGUUUACCAGACUGGAUCUGUCCAAACUUGUAUCAGUCUACUGUUGGCAGUGAAGGUGUUUUAUCCUGCUUUUCCUGUUCAUUAGCAAAGUAACACGUUGUUUUGUGGUUUUCACAUCACAAAGAAGAAAAUCUGAGGCAACAAACUGGACAUAGCAGUUGCUAAAAUUAGAUGAAAGUAGUUCUAGGGGUAUGGUAGGACCCAGCCAGUAAUGAAUUUAGGGCAUAAGACCCGUUAUUAUAGUGCACUUUCUGUAGAGUGGGGUUUUGCCUUGUAUAACAAAACCUUGCUCAUCCUAGGUAGCUUUCCUGUUGUUUGGUCAUUGUAUUUCUUAUGUCCUGAUUUGUAAGAAAAUGCAAUUACCAUAGUAUGAGUAAGUGAACUGGCUUGGGUUUUAAACUAGAGGUAGAUAUCUCUCACAGUAUGUAACAGUGGACAGGCAAGCUACAUCACACUUAACUGCAUGUGUUAUUGAAAUGGUUACACAACUUAACUGCCAAGCCUAUCUCUUUUUUCCCCUUAGUAUGUUUGCUUCUUGUUUAUUUAUAUCUGUUUAUGUAGUUUUGAAAACUGCUAAGGGAAUACACUUUGAAAAGGGAGUCCGUGUCUUAAAAGGGAAUCACUGAGAUAUUACAAUCAGGAACAUUGUAAAAGCUAAUUGAGGACAGGAAAAGAACAUUUGUUGCUUUAUCUCACACUUUUUUAUGUUCCUGUCCUCUUAUGUAAGGGAUGAUUGUAAUUUAAAACAGUAAUCUGCACUGUAAUGCAGUAUUCAAGGCUACAGUUUUCUUUCAAUGUUUUUUUUUCUUGUCUUGUAAGUUGCAUUUUAUUCACUGUUUGGCUCAAUAUUUUUAAUUUGUAAUAAUCACAAUAGUCAUGUUCUGAAGGUUUUGUUAACAAGUUUGUUUUUUUUUUUUGAAGUCCCAUCUGUCAUUGCACAUUGUGAUGUAUAUGGAUAAGAAUAUCAUACUCUUUCAUGGGAUAUAAGUCAUAUUUGAGCCACUGUAAGACCACAGACUUGUGUCUCAUAGUUUUUAUAGUUUUUAGUAUUUCAUAUGAGACAACUGUAGUAAAUUCAGAAGUGGAAAAACAAAAGAAUAUAUUAAGAAACACAAACUUGAAAAAGUGAUUAUUCUGCUAUAAACUGUAACCCUGAAACUUAAAGAGCCUAUAAUGUAUAAAUGUAUAAACAUGCACAUCAGAUCAUAAUGCGGCCUGUAGCUGGAAGUCUUAAGAAUUUUCAUAACUGGUUUAUUUAUUUUUAUUUCACAUUCAACAAUGACAAAAUAUUUUCAGUACUAGUCAUAUUGUUAUCAGUUGAACAAAUGCAGGGAUUAACUUUGGAUUUUUCUUAAUAUAAUUGUUUUCUGAAUGGCAGCUUCUAUGUGUGUUUUGUUUUGUAUAAAGUGUGAAGACAUUUGUUUAAAAAGUUCCUGCAAUUUCUGUAUUUUCUGUUGUGAUCAAAUCCUGUAAAUGUAGCUAUUGUUGCUUAAAGAGCACGUCAUAUUUUGUUUUGUAAAUUCCCUAGUUAUUAGUGGAAAAGAAAAUACAUUAUCCGUUCCCUGCACCAUCCAUAUAAAAUACAUUGUUUUGCUUUCUGUGCCUUCUUAUGGCAGCAUUUUAUUAGCAAUCCUUAAGCAAGUUGCAACUCUUCCCUCCAUUAUACACUUGUCAAUGACAUAAGCUACUGAGAUGGCAUUACUGCUUUAUUUACUAUAUAUAUAUAUUUUUAAUUUAAAGAGCAGGUCUCUUCUAAGACUAAAAGCAGGCAUAUCACAUUUAAAAAUUUUCUAAAAUCACAAAAGUUUAAGGUCUCUUUCUAGGUCUCAAGUGUUUUCUUAUUGAGUAAAGUAAGUAUUUGGCCUACUUUCUCUUGAGAAUUAUGAAUUAUGCAUUUGUGUCACUAGGUUCAAAAUAUUUGUUGGUAUUGCCUACACUUCACAUAUGGGAUACCAGGGUAUGUUUUAUACCACCACCAAUUAAUGAAACAGCUGGGCAUUUUGUUAGAUGCAGCCUACAUCCCUGCAUCUUUGUAAAGAUGAAUGGCAUAUGUAAACAGUGCUCAUAUUGCUUUGCAUCCAUUUUAUUUGACGCUCAAAUGUGGUGCAUGUUGGACCUCUGUCUUUCAAAUCCAUAGCAGUAUUAUGUCAUAAGGAAGUCAUAACUGAUACAUCCUUGGCAUGAUUUUGGAUCAUCAUAUUUACUCUGCUUCAUCUUUGAAAUGAAAGGAAACCCACACUUAUAGUAGGGUCUACUUCACGUUGUCGUAAGCUGACAAUAUCGAGUCUGAUAUUGUCGGCACGACAAUAUCGAAAGUGAAGAACAUCGUGCAAGGAAAUGGAAAUCUCCGUAAGGGGAGAUUUCCAUUUACCUCAAUGUAGUACGGUCUCGGAGUUGGUAUAUUUAAGUAGGGGUGUGUGGAGGGUGCAGGGGUGUAGGGAUGCUUGCCCCCUGGCUACGCCAUUUAUUUAUUUAUUUAAAAAAUGUUUUUUUAUGUCAUUCGAUGUUUUACUUAAUUGAUCAAUAAAGUUCGACCUUUAUUGAUUCAAUUAAGUAAAUUUUCGAUAACGUGAUAUAGACGCUUAUAGUAUCCCAUCACAAACCUAAACUGGAUUCUGUAGAAACCAAUACCAGUUUCAUUGUUGCACUAGACAUGCUUAAGAGGCUACCUGCUCUUUAAAUAUCUUUUUUUAGUCAACAUAUUUUAUUUAAAAUAUUUUUAUGUCAGUGUUACCAAUCUAUUCAUUUUUCGGUUGUUGGGCUGCCUACAUUAGUUCUUGUGAUGUCAGAAGAAACUCUUACGUCAACACUGACUAGAAGACUAUUUUAAAAGUCUGAUUCAUUAAAAUGUUAGACCUUUUUCUUUAAGGUUUAAUAAGUGACCUUAUUUCUGAAACAAAAUUCUUAGUGACGUGCUCUUUAAAAAACAAAAUAAAGAAAACUUUUAUCCACUACCAAAGGAAGGAAGUAUAUUUUUUUGGUGAGUGGGUAUAGUUUAUUACAAAUGUAAUACCAUAUAAAUUAUUUAUACAAAGUUUUUAUUUUUGUAGUUUGUACAGAAGUUAGCCAUUUGACUGAAGUUUUAUUUUUAAAGAGUAAAUAUAUAUUAUAUAUAAAUCCA